AGACUCGGCCCGAGUCCCACGCGGCCGAGAUACUUCCUUUUCUGUCAGUGAAAGUCAGCUCGUUAGCGCGUGCUUGGACAUUCGCGCCUUGUUUGCAACCACCAUGUCCGUCUCCGACCCGCUCGCAGGGCCCUCCCCAUUGCGCGACAUUGUCGCCCCCCAGUUUCACCAGAACAACUUUGUUGUCGAGGACUUUAUCAAGACUAAUUUGGGCAUCAAACUCGAUAAAGACGAUCAGAUUUGUCGCUUAGCCCUCACACCGGCAGGGUGUCCCCUCGGACCCCUUCACUGCCAUCUACGACACACCACCCCCUCCGUGCAGAACUUCCAGCCUCCCAAGCAACUCCCCACCCAUCCGCGUGAGCGUGAGCGACUCUCGACCGUGUGUAAGCACUGGCUUCGCGGUCUAUGCAAGAAGGGAGAUGCGUGCGAGUUUCUUCAUGAGUACAAUCUCCGACGCAUGCCCGAGUGCUGGUGGUAUGCGAAGUACGGCUAUUGCUCGGCGGGGGAUGAAUGCCUGUACGCUCACCCUAAGGAGCGCCGAGUGGAAUGCCCCGAUUACAAGAGGGGCUUUUGCAAGUUGGGCCCUUCAUGCCCUCGGAAGCACAUCCGCAGAAUAGCGUGCCAAAACUACUUGACCGGCUUUUGCCCCUUGGGUCCAGAGUGCCCCCGCGGCCACCCCAAACCCAAUCUUCCCCCUCCCGAAGCCUACGAGCCGCCGCCCCCACCCGCACGCGACCUUGGCCCUCCACCACCGGGCUACGGCAGGUACACAGACUUUGACCGCUCCUUCCAGAAUAACCAGAACAGUGCGCCUGCUGCGGCGGGUGCGCCGAGGAGGAAUUUGGACGAGGUUCUGUGCUUCAAGGUGAGUACUCGCAGUUGCACUUGUUGCAUCCCCUUCACGGCACCCAUCGUAUCCUCCUUCUCGAUCGUUUCUCCCCUCUCGACAGAUACUGACGACACUUCUUCCCAGUGCGGCGAAAAGGGCCACUAUGCGAACCACUGCAGAAACCGGAACGUGCCAGGCAACCGCGGCGGCGUGGACCGCUCGAUGAGACGAUAUGAUGAGUAGAUGGUUUGACCACUCAAUGCGAAAACCUAGUGGCCUGGAGAGUAGAGGGCUGCCCCUGGCUGCCAUGAGGGACCCUCACCACUAGAAUUACAGCAGAGGUUAGGAAAUCGAACAUAACUUCCCACCCAGGCUCGAUGUCAAUGUCAUGAGUUCUGUCAUGUCGUAGCGUAC